GGAUGACCGCCUUUCCCAGAACGGUCACAGUAGCAUGGACGCCGAGCGGGACGCGGUGCGGGCCGCCGCCAAGCUGCGCCGGCGCCUGUACCAGCGCCAGAAGCAGCGGCAGUACCGCAGCCGCGAGUCGUCCGAAGUGGCGUCGCUCCGCGCACUCGUCGCCGAGCUGGAGGUUCAGGUCGAUGCGCUCACGACCGAGCUCCGCGCGAAUGCUCCGACCGAGCUGCCGUGGGUCGACGUGGCGUCGGCGCUCCGGGACGAGGCCGUGCUCACGACGCACAAAAACAAGGCGCUCAAGUCGCAGCUGGAAGAGUACCAAGAUCUGGUCGUCGUCAUGACAACGUGGGUCACGAAGCACGUGCCCAUCCAGAAAUCCAUCGAGGCCUCGGCGUACUCGUGGCGCAACGCGACGCUGUUCGCCAACAAGGAGUCGCGCAAGCUCGGUCUCGAUUGGAUCACCAAGCACCUCUACCACAACACGGAGCGGAUGCUCUCGCUCUGCGGGUUCCAGUCCCUUGGCGGCACCGACCGAUUCGACGAUUUUGCCAUCGACAUGAGCGACCCCGAGUACUUUGAGUACACGUGGCGCCACCAGGCCAAGCACAAUGCGCCGUUCGAGACCACGGUGGCGGCGUUCCGCGCCUUUGUCACGCACUUUGUGAACGGCGGCGUCUGGUCGACGGGUACUGGAACACCACUCGACCCAGAUAUUGUCGAUCAAGUCGCAGCGCACAUCUCGUACACGCGGAUCGCGUCGAGUCCGCGCGAGAGCAUCAACUUUGUCUCGCGUGAGUUUGCGACCUCCAAUCAGUGCAUCUUUGUGUGCCAAAACAUCCCGUUUGACGAGACGCAGCCGCUCAACGACGAGCAGUGCAACCGCCGACUCUGGAUCGUGCUCGAUCGCAUUUCCGAGCACGCGACGCACAUCCGCGUUGUCUACAUCAACUCGCACGGCUUCGACCAGCAUGGGCAUUUCGACAUGGCGAGAGAAGCCGCGUACUGGGGCUGCGACCUCUCGUCGAUGCCGGCCGAGCCAAAUGCGUGGUUUGAGGCAUUCCAAGCUAGGGUGCACAAGGUCGGGCAGUCGUUCAUUGCGCACAACACGUCGCAGAUGGACCGCAUUUUCCAGCAGCAGCGCCACCACCACCGUCUUCCGUCGUCAAGUAGUAGCUCAUAGCACACGCCACGUAGUAUCAUCAAUGCUCUAUAAACAAGUGUGGGCUUAACCAAAGUUGAUGCCCUGCGCGAGCG